AUGGAACGAGUAGAUGAAGAGCAUGGCGAGAACAAACAAGAAUUUAUCGAUUCACAAAAAUGGUCAGUCAACCAGACAUGCGAGACGUCCGUCAACAGCAAAAAUUUGUUUUCUGUCUUUCGCCUACCAAAACUGGAUCUACAACCCUUUGACGGCGAUUCAAAGAAAUGGGCCGAUUUCAUUGCGAUCUAUAGAGAUCUUGUCCACCAAAAUUCUUCCAUCUCAACGACCCAGAAGAUGGCAAUAUUGAAGCAGUGCUUAACUCAAGAUAUUCGAGAUGGUCUCGGAGAUUCUUUAAGCAGUCCAGCUUUGUAUGAAAAAGCACUUCGGGAACUAGAAGAAACUUAUGGUCACCCGCAACUGGUUUCAAGAUCUUACAUUCAAUCACUCAUCAAUUUGCCGAAAUUGAAUAUGAACGACUAUAAAUCAUUGUUAAAAGCCUCGCAAGACAUCAACGGGUCCGUUGCUUCACUCAAGAGCGGCGGCUAUGAAAAAGAACUUUAUUCCGUGACACUUAUGGAGCUAGUUCACUCGAAGAUGCCUCCUGACAUCCAAAGCAGGUGGGGGAAAAAGAUAAGUAAGAAUCAUCCUCGUUGUUUAAACCUGCAAGAUUUUGCUGACUGGCUGCAUGCGGUAGUAAAAGGUGAGAUGAUGGCCAAGCACUGUCAAAUCAAGAUCGAAAGAGACCAGCAACAACAAAGACCAAAAACGGGCCGGCAAAAAGAUCCAGGCGUUCGAUUCCCCCCCAAAAUAAACACCAUUUUACCGCCUCAGCAGCAAGACAGUCAAGAAUACAAAUCAAAAGAAAAAGAUCAAGCAGAAGUCCAAACGAAAAAGUUUAUUUGUCUUCUUUGCAAACAAGAUCAUCGUCUCGCCCAGUGCCCAAAGUUCAGCGCAAAAUCCCUAGAAGAGAGAGCGCAAUUCAUCAAAAGUUCCGGGUGUUGCAUUAAAUGUUUAAGCAAAGGUCACAUGGUCAAAGAAUGUACAAGUAAGAAAAAAUGCGAAGUCAAAGACUGUGAAUUCCGCCAUCAUUCUUUGAUGCACGGCGCCCCACGCAUUUCUUGGAGAAAUCAAGAAUCGGAAAAAGCUCCACCUCAAACGGAGAAAUCCCCUCUUCACAAAAAAGAAGAAAAGAAAUUAGUAGCCACCCACUUCGUAGAUGGGGCUCAAAUAACUACUUUAUUGCAAGUGGUAACCGUGACGGUCGAACAUAAUGGAAAUAAAUUCGACACCUUCGCUCUCCUGGAUCCCGGAAGUGAAGCUUCCCUCAUCCUUCAAAAUUUAGCCGUCCAGUUAAAAAUAGAUGGACCGACUGAAAUCGCUCGACUUGGAACCUUUCACGGCGUCGAUCCCGAAAUCAAAACAACAAGAGUUACCUUCAAUAUUUUCCCAAGAGAUCAGAGUCGUACCUUCACAGUAAAAAAUGCAUACGCUGUCCCGAAGUUGGAAGUUACGAGCCGGAAAAUCAAUUGGCCAGCUCUUAAACACCAGUGGAAACAUUUGAACGACUUGGACCUCCCUUUCAUUGAUUCCAAUAAGGUAUCCGUGCUUCUUGGACGUGACGUCAUGCGAGUCCACGAUGUGUUGGACGUCCGGAUACCUCCGGAGGGAAUAGAAGCUCCUGAUGGAAUACGGACCCAUUUUGGUUGGUGCCUAACUGGCCCAGUGCCAACCUCGAUGUUGCAACCACAUGACAAGUCGCCCCCGAAAAUCUUUCUUGGGUACAAACAUCUUGUGUCUCAAAAACUAGAAGAUGCUGUCACACAGUUCUGGCUCACGGAAUCUUUCGGUGUCAACUCUCCCGCACAACCGCCAAUGAGCCAUGAAGACAAAAAGGCCCUGAGCAUCUUAAACAAAACAAUUCGCCAUACUGGCGAGCGGUAUGAGGUGGCGCUCAUGCUGCGAAAUGAAACCCCAAAUUUACCCAGCAAUCGAGAAGUAGCACUACGACAUCUUCAUUCUCUUGAGCGACGUUUCGAAAAGGAUACGAUCUUCGCGAAAAAUUACGCUCGAGUCGUAGAAGAAUACAUCUCCCUGGGCUACGCCAUCCCGGCGCCAUCAACUCCUGUUCCACACGGCCAAGAAUGGAUCUUGCCGCAUCAUGGUGUACAAACGGCCACAAAACCCGGCAAAGUUCGCGUAGUAUUCAAUCCUUCCGCAAAACAUCGCGGAAUGUCCCUGAAUGACCAAUUAUUCAAAGGUCCGGAUCUUUUAACUGGUUUAAUAGGAGUUAUCUUGCGUUUUCGGAUGCUGCCGGUCCCAAUCUCAGGUGACAUAGAAAAAAUGUAUCACCAAGUUCAAGUGCCGAAACACCAGCAGUCGCUACUCAAAUUCUUAUGGAGGACACCCGGCAGCAAAGACCCACCAACAACUUAUCAAAUGACGGUCCACACUUUUGGGGCAGUCUCUUCUCCAACUACUUGCAUUUUCGCGCUCAGACGUACGGCCGAAGAUUUUGGCCACUUCUACCCCAACGUCGUAAACAAGGUACUAAGCAACAUCUAUGUUGAUAAUUAUUUGGACUGCACCGAAACCGAAGAAGAGGCCAUCACACUUCGUCAAGAAGUAUCCGCGUUAUUGAAGCUGGGCGGAUUUAACAUGGUUCAGUGGUUGUCGUCGUCACGCUCUGUGUUGGCCACCGUCGACAAAAAUGAUUUGUCGCGCUCAUUGGAUUUAGACGCCGACCGACUUCCUAUCGAGCGUACGCUUGGUAUGUUGUGGGAUUGUCAAGCUGACAUUUUUAUUUUUAAAACUUCCACCAGGACCGCCAUAAAAACAAAACGAGAAGUCUUGCAAGAAAUUUCCUCAAUUUAUGACCCAAUGGGCUUUCUUUCCCCGGUGAUAAUGGUCGCAAAAAUUCUUAUGCAAGAUGUUUGGCGCGCCGGAAUUAAUUGGGACGACACGCUGCCACCAGAUCUGCUAUCUGUUUGGAAGGCGUGGGCAACGGAGCUCGAAUUCAUCGCAAGACUCAAGAUACCCCGCUGUUUUCGAAAACAUCGGAAGCCGCUAGAAUACGAGUUACACGUAUUUACCGACGCCUCAGAAGCUGGUUUUGGUGCAUGCAUAUAUAUACGGGCUAAAUACUCCGAGGAGAAUUUCGCUUUGAAUUUAAUCCUCGCAAAAGCACGAGUUGCUCCUCUGCGGCAAUUGUCCAUCCCUCGCUUGGAGCUGCAAGGAGCCGUCCUAAGUGCCAGAUUGUGCUCUACGGCCGUAAAAGAACUCGGACCGAUUGCUUCCAACGUAAUCUACUGGUGCGACUCCCAGACUGUCCUCCAGUGGAUCUAUUCGACUAAGUGUAAAUAUCACGCAUUUGUCGCCCAUCGCAUCAUGGAGAUCGCCGACACCAGCAAAGCAAGUCAAUGGCGUCAUGUACCCGGAAACCUCAAUCCAGCCGACGACUGUUCAAGAGGAAUUCCGCCGUCGCCCAUCUUCAUCGAUGAGCCGUCUCCUGAUGACGUAGAAGUGGUGCCUGAAAAAUAUGUUGGCUCGCUCCUCAUCAAAACACCUCAUCCAAUUUACACUCUCAUUCAAAAUUCCUCAAACAUCAUCACCAUCAAAAGAAUAGUAGCGUGGCUGCUCCGGUUCCUGACCAACUUCAAUCUAUCAAGCAAAAAUCUCCCACGAAUAGGACAAAGCUGGCUUAUUCCGGCCGAUAUCCGUGAAGCCACCAAUUUAAUCAUCAAGGUGGAUCAAGCUCACCAUUUCCAGAUGGAGCUUGAUUGUGUCAAAAGGGGAAAACCGGUACCAGCCACAUCUAAGUUAGCAUCGCUUAGUCCUACGUUAGACACUUGCGGAGUCAUGCGCGUUGGCGGGAGGCUGCAACAUGCUUCUAUUUCAGAAUUCGCCAAGCAUCCGAUCAUCUUGGAUCCCACCAGUCAACUCUCCACCAUGUUGAUACGGGAAGUGCAUGAGCGGCUAAAACAUGCAUCAACUGAAUUCACGCUUUACGACUUAAGACAGCAAUAUCAUGUUCUACGGCCUCGCGCAUCCAUUCGCCGCAUUAUACGCGAUUGUUUCACGUGCAAAUUGCGCAAUAGCAAACCGGAUCCUCCCUUGAUGGGUCCUUUUCCUGCCACCCGGCUUCAAUCACACUUACCCGCAUUUUCUAACGUUGGAAUAGACUUUUUCGGACCCUUUCCCCUAACCAUUUUUCGCCGAAAGGUGAAGCGCUAUGGCGUUAUUUUUACGUGCCUCGAUUGUCGUGCAGUACACCUCGACAUAACCUACUCGAUGGAUUUGGAUUCCUUCAUGAUGGCGUUCACCCGGUUCGUCGAUCUACGAGGCCUGCCACGCAUUUGCUAUAGCGAUAAUGGCGCGAAUUUAGUCGCCGGAGAACACGAGAUUGCCGAUGCACUCGCCGGUUGGAAUCGGGAAAUAUUAGCCAACAAGAUGGCCAAUCAAGACGUCGAAUGGCGAUUCAGCCCACCGGCUUCUCCACACUUCGGCGGGAGCUGGGAGCGUCUCAUCCAGUCAGCCAAACGCGCACUUCGUAGCGUUCUUAACGAACGCUCGCUCAACGAUGAGGUCCUCCUCACCGCAAUGUCAGGUGUCACCGCACUACUGAACGCCAGACCAUUGACGCAUGUCAGUUUCGAUCCGCACGACCCACAACCCCUCACUCCUAACCAUUUCCUGACAGGACGGGCCAAUCCAGGUUUUCAUGCCGAUAACGCUGACGAAUUCGGUGGUCUAACUAAAAAGCGGUGGUUAGAGUCUCAAGCUCUCAUCACCCACUUUUGGAACAGAUGGCUGAAAGAGUACGUUCCGGACUUAAUCGAACGACGCAAGUGGCUGCGCCCGCGAAGAAAUCUAGCCGUCGACGAUAUUGUUCUUGUCGUGAUGCCCAACAUGAAGCGGGGAGAGUGGCCCAUUGGCCGCAUUAUUCGCGUUAUUCCUGGUCAGGGCGGAGUCGUACGAUCAGCUGAAGUAAAAGUCAUCCGAGUCAGUCCCGGAAGAAAAGGCUGCAAGGAUCCAUCUCGUCUACGAACUAAAACAUCAAUUUUUGUGCGGUCCGCACACAAACUGUGUCUGUUGGAAGCCGAUGGCGAAGAAGAUGUUUCCAGUGCUGGAAACAGGGCCGGCUGUGUGGGGAACGACUCCAACUAA